AUGACGAAAUUAACCCGAACAAGUACGCAUGAUGAUGAUCAACGUAUGGGUGACGUUAAUCUGGAUGACUUCUGGAAUGCAGAUGCAGAUAAAUACAAAUGCUGCUGUCGUACAUUUCAUGUUGUCCGAGCAUCACUCUUCAUUGCCUAUGCUCAAAUGCUGAUCACAUUCGUUUUUGCGCUUUUCUUCACUUUUUAUUACGUACAGGCCAUUAACGGACGACUAACACCAGAUCACUGGAUCAAUCAGUUGGGUGAACGAUAUAUUUCAUCACUUCUAUUUGCGGUCACAUUACAGUUGCUUUUUGUUCUUUUAUUGGUUCAUGGAAUUCGGACAGAACGCCGCUCGUUUUUGCUCCCAUUUAUUGUAUUCGCACUGAUCGCAGUGCUUCUUGGCUUUGCUCAGAUCGGAAAUGAUUUAUUCGGUUUCAUGCAUCCAUCGUCGCUGGCACAUCUAAUGUACGAUAACAAUCAGUUCUUUUCCCAUCUGAUUGGAACACUGUUUCAAUUAUGGUGUGUUGCGACUGUGUGGCGAUGCUAUGGUUUUCUGGGGGACAAAAAGGUUGUGCGACAUAUUGGGGAGCAACUUUCCACAACUCAGAUGGCAUUUCAUUACGAUAUUCCUCAUGAGUAUAUUGCUGUGUCACAACCCCCACCGUAUGCCGAUACCGUGAUUAGUCUAAAUAAACAACCUCUUGCAACGUAA